AUGCUUCGGUCCUUGCCAGAAAAAUACAAAAGUCGUUGGCGUGAUCAUCUCCAGAAAGUCGUACAUGCAUUCAAUUGUACCAGAAAUGACGCGACAGGAUACUCCCCAUUCCUCCUACUCUUUGGCAGACCCCCGCGAUUGCCAAUUGACCUUAUGUAUGGUCUGAAACCCCCACCUGGCCAUAGCACUUAUCCUGAAUAUGUCAAGAAAUGGCGAGAAUCGAUGUCCGAAGCAUACCAACUUGCAUCUGAAAAGGCAGAAAAAAACGCUACGAGUGGGAAAGUGCAAUAUGACAAGAAAGCUAAGAGUACGAGUCUACAACCCGGUGAUCGUGUGUUAAUACGAAAUGUGAAAGAAAGGGGUGGUCCCGGCAAGUUACGGUCGUAUUGGGAAGACAAAGUUUACAAAAUCGUGCGUCAGAAAUCAAAUGAGAUUCCCGUGUAUGAAGUCAUUCCUGAGAGUGGCGGGGAGAAGACAAGAGUACUGCACAGGAACAUGCUAUUUCCAUGUACGUAUCUUCCUGUGGAGAAUCCUAUUGUGAAACCAGCUCAGUUAAAAAAGAAAAAGAAGAGUGAGAAGGAGAAACAGGUCACACAAGAUUAUCUGACAGAUAGUGAAGACGAGUUCGAGAUUGCUACGUUUGCACCUGAAUUAACGCGGUCAGACCCAGAGGAUGAAUUCGUGCCAGUGUCGGUUGAAAAUGAAGCCCAGCAGAGUGUUGAGGAAGCUGUACAAGAAGGUGCCACACCAGAAGAACCAGCUCAAGAGAGUCAAGCUUCGACUGGUACCACGGUAGCAGCGGAGGCUGAGACACAAGUUGAUUCACACCCAGUUAGUUCACAACGAGUACGACGACCACCAACCAGCCUGGGAUAUGGCAAUCUGGGUCAACCAACGGAACAUUGGACCAGUAUUAACGCGGUCCAUGCACCUGCCACAAACAACAUGUAUCUACACCAAUACCCUGUGCUCCCGACACCUCCAAUACCGUUCUUUCCCCCAAUACUUCCUAUGUCAUUACCUGUAUUUCCAUUAUAUUGGUCAAGUUGGCAAGGACCAAUUAUGCCAUCAAAUAUAUGGUGUUAG